AUUUAACCAUCCCACGAACUUCACAAUCGACUCGCGCGCGCCUAUUUCUUCUAUCUCUGCUCUGCGACUCUUCGGAAAAAGCAAUGGCGAAUUCAUUGGUUACUGGGCUAAGAACUCUCUUCGCCGUGUUGGGCUGUGCUAUGGUGGCCACUCUCAUCUUCACCAUCUUCGUCGAUGGUCUUCCUUUUCGCAAAGAGCUCCUUACCCCGUGGAUGGCAGCAACCUUGGUCGACUUCUAUAUCAACGUUGUACCUUUGGCGGUAUGGGUUCUCUACAAGGAAUCUACCUGGCUCAGUGCAAUACUCUGGAUAAUCCUGCUAGCAUGCUUUGGCAGCAUUACUACAUGUGCCUACAUUCUUAUGCAAUUUCUCAAGUUGUCGUCUCAAGAAUCUUUACAAGAUCCCAUGUAUUAUGUUCUGUUGCGGCAUACAGACAAGGUUAACAUGGAGCAAAAGAUGAAGCACUCUUCUGUUGUGACUUUAAGAAUCGUUUUUGUUGCUUUGGGUUGUUUGAUGACGGGAACUUUGCUUUAUACUCUCUUAACUGAUGGUUCUCCUUUCCGCAAAGAGCUUUUCACUCCGUGGAUGCUAGCAACACUUAUUGACUUCUAUAUCAAUGUUGUGGCUUUAUCAGUUUGGGUUUACUACAAGGAAUCAAAUUGGAUUAGUUCCAUCUUUUGGAUAAUUCUAUUGAUAUCUUUUGGCAGCAUUACCACAUGUGUCUAUAUUGCUUGGAAGCUGUUCCAGCUCAGCCCCCAAGAUCCAGCAUACCUUGUUUUAUUGAGUAGUGGCAGCAGGGCAGAAAACAGGUAUAAUGGACUUCAUGCUGAGACAGUGCAACACUAGUAUUGAUAACCAAGAAGGUUUUGAACCCCAUCAGAAUGCACAAAAAUGACUGAGCAGAACUUUGUUGGGUUUGAACCUUGGUGAUCUAUUUCAUCGACGGUGCAUUGUUAAGCAAAGUAAUCUGCAAUAAAGGUCCUCUGUCUACUUCGUGUGCGUUUGUGUUGCUCCCCUUUCAUACUUUUUUUCUUAUGAAAAAUUUUGUUGAUGCUAAUAUAAGCCAUGAAUUCAGUUUCAACAUACUACGACUAAAUUUAAAGCUGUGAAACGAGUCCCUUACUUUUCAUACAUAGUUACAUUUUGGAGUUCUCAA